UUUUCAGGUAGUAUCAAGGUCACAGAAAUGUAGACGGACAUUAGCCGACUAGUGAGGGAGCAACGAACGAUCACAGCACAAAAACCACAUUCAGGAGCCUUUACUUUUCUGCCUUGGACAUCCCGGCCGCAAAUGUGAUGCAGUCGCUCGCUCAAGAAAUAAAAUCCUUCUCCAAAACUAAUUUGAGGAAACAAUGCACGAGAGUGACGACUUUAAGCGGCAGGAGGAUUAUUGAGACAUGGAAAGGCUCCAUAGUGCAGGUGGUUGAAGAGACAGUACAGCCUGAAACUCCAUGUGGAUAUGUUCAGGAUAAUAACUGGGAUCUCCAGGUUGGAUAUGUUAAACCAUAUCUACUUCUUGGGUCACAAGAUGCUGCUCACGACUUUGCUACUUUGAGGAAAUAUAAGGUUACACAUAUAUUAAAUGUUGCAUAUGGUGUGGAAAAUGCCUUUCCUGACUUGUUCAUCUAUAAGACAUUGAGCAUACUGGAUCAACCUGACACUGAUAUCAUAUCACAUAUCAAGGAGUGUGCACAGUUCAUAGACCAGGCGAAAAAUGAGAAAGGAGUUGUGCUGGUGCACUGCAAUUCUGGAGUUUCACGCUCUGUCUCGGUUGUCAUCGGAUAUCUGAUGUUAAAGGAAAAUCAAGGAUUUGGUGACACGUUUGCCCUGGUGAAAUCAGCUCGACCCGCCUCGUGUCCAAAUCCAGGGUUCAUGGAACAGCUGAAAAACUUCAAACCGCAAGACGUCACGCAAGCAAAUGGUUUGAGUCACGAUUGAACACUAAAUGGCUGCAUCAAUACUGUUAAAGGGACAAGUUUAAAAUUCUGUCAUCACUUCCCCAUCACUAUAUUAUUGUAGGAUACAAAUGGUGAUAUUUAUAGAACAUGUUUAAGCGGUUCUUUUCCUGAUGAUGAAAGUGAAUGGCGACUCUGGCAAGUUUGGUAAAUAUCCUAAAGUUCAAAAAUGGACUUCAGUUACAUUCUCAAAAUUGACGACGAUAUGUUUUUUUUUUUACUUGAGUGGUUUUGAACUUUUUCCAAUAAAUGUGUAAAAA